AAUUGCAUACAUAUUGUGUGGUUCGGUAGUUAAAAAUUAAAGCAAAAUCCAAGCAGGAUUCUUAAUGCAUGUGUACAAUGUCAGAUAUUUAGUUUAGAUAAUUUACCAGCAAACAGACAAUUAGCUACAUACAUUGACCCAUAAUAACAAAAGUUAUUUAAUUGGUGACGGGUCGUGUGGGUAGGUCAAAGGAAAUGCAUAAAGACAAUACAAUUUUACAUAUUUAAAGGUGCUACUUAUUACUGCUUUUAAUUUCUAAUCAAUCUGACCAUCUCACACCAAUCACUCCAUAUUUUUAAUGGAUUUUCUCCAUUACAUACGCCCAUUGGAAGAAGUAUAAAAUGUAAAAUAGUAGAUAUGCUAAUAUUUUUUGGCAUGCAUUUUAUUUUCAUAAACAUUCACAUCAUCACAAAUCACACAAUACGGUACAACGCAUACUUACUUCUCAUCCUUAGAUUUAUCCUGACGGCUGAUGACCAACUCCCAAAAUCCACAAUGUAAUCUGUCCAUCGUUUUGUUAGUCAUUUGUCUUUUGGCUGAAUUCUUUUUGUUCGAGUUACUUACUUACAUAAAGUAUUGACUUUUUUAUGACGAAAUAUUCUAUUCCUUGGUUUUAAAGAAGAAGAAGAAGUGAGUGUUCUGUUCUUUCUCAUCAAAGCGUCUCCUUCAUUGAACAAGUGCCUAUGUGACGACUCGUCUUGGUUGUGUCAUUCAUUUCAUUGGGAUCGUAUUAUCCGAUGAGUCAGGAGAUUCAUUGUGCUCCCUUCGUCUAAUCGGACCCUCAUCUUUCUUUCUCUUGCCAUCGCAAUUCAAUAAACUCUUCUCCACAUAAUAAUCUAGUAGCCAGUCGAAUAACAGGGCACAAUACAAUCAACAAUUGACAAAGGCAACUCUGCCCCCAACACAAAUGCCGAGCAGAAAGGACACGUAGUAUAUUCACACAAUGGGAAGAAAGGUAUGAUGAUGAUGAGUAGCUGGGAAGAUUAUGUACAAAAACGUAUACAUACACUUGUAAAAACUAAAAGAAAUCAGUUGUUGUUUCAUUGUCUUGCUUGGGUCCAGCUUGGAUUUUUCUUUUGUCACCCGAUGGACGGAGUGGUUGGUUAUCAACAAGUGUUUUGGGUUAUCUAUCAGCUAUUUUCCCAGGCUGUCCAGUACAAAGAAGGGGAGGGAUGAAAAUAACUAACUCUUAAAAAAAUUGGCAUAGGUAGGUAUAAAUUUUUGCAUUUGAGUGUGUUUAACAUGCAAUUUUUUCAUGAAUUUGCCAUAAACUUAUACCAUUUAAUUAGCGACAAGAAGGAAAUCUCUCUCUGAUGGGGAGAAGAAGGAAUGAUGAAAUAACAACAUUUUUGAAAAACACUUUUACUUGCAGCAGUAAUUGCACACUUCGACCACUUUUACAGGAAGAAACACAAUGGGGAACAAGCUACUAAGGCUGCAAUUUCUUAACAAAUUAAAUCCUUUUAACCAUUAAGUCUCCAUAAUUUGUGCAAAAUUUAACCAGAACUAAAAUGCUUCUUUAUAUUUUAUGGACAUGUUGCAAUUUGCAUGCAGGUGGUUCUAAAAUACUCAACACAACGUAAGAAAUGCGAUAAGACCCGUGCUUUACGCAUUUAUUUUUCAUCUAAUAAAUGAGCAAAUUUAUGCGAAUCUUUGUAACAAAGGUCCAGCGUGACCUCUGGUAAGAAGGUCACGUUAAAUAACGUAAAGUACAACGAGUUUGUUAACAGCAAUAAUAAGAGGACAAUAAACUUUUCAAUGAGUACAAAGUAGCGUAAAGUUGCACGAAAUAAGCUCUACGCACUGGAUUACGUUUGUGUAGUUCUGGUCGAGUGUUUUAAUAAGCUUAACUUUUCCUACACAUAAUCCUAAUAUGUAAAUUGGCAAGUAUGUAAUUUGAUUAAAGAUAAUCAAAAGUUGAGCCUCUCAAUAUUAAUUUAAUUAAACAUACAUAAUUAAGAAACAACGCAAUAGAGAGAUGAAUGUAUAGUUACUUACAAAUUCUCUUUUCUCCAGUCCAAACUUCAUGAUGAUCCCUUAAAAGGCCUUUUAAGGGGACAAUGCAGAUAUUCCAAAAUAUUUCAAUUAAUUUCAAUUAAUGGAAUUGGGAGUAUUAUUUUGAUUCGGGCUGAGCAAGUGGAAAUACGAUCUGCAUGAAUUUCGCGGCACUUGAGCUCACGCGCAACUUUUAGUUUUUGUUUCGUUUGAUCGCUGUAUUGGUCACAAAAGCACUCUGACUCGAGGACACAACGACAUUAACAGCCAGACAAAUUGCUCUCUCUCCCCAAAUAUUUAUAAAUUAAUUUGUGUGACCUUGCAACAAUUAAAAUACUUAAGUUUGACCGAACGGACACGAUGGACGGGAAUGAGAUGGCAUGGGAAGAGCAGGAAGAAGGGGAGACUCUGGGAAGGUUCUGGGAGAGGAUGGACGAAUGGGAACAGAUCGAGAGGAAUCGGCAUGCAUCAUUUGGGACUGUUCCCCAAUUGGGCACUCAAGGAUGCGAAAUUAUCAUCAUGGAGGUUGUGGAUGGAAGAGAGCAAGUUUGGUCACCUUCAGGGCAGGUUCAGGACGUGACAAGGGGGGAAAAUGAAUCGUCAAAGGAUCAUUUGGGGACAAUGGAUUCUUGGGUGGGGAUCGGUAGAAACCGACAUUGGUCAUCCGUGCCUGAUCCCCUACUGGGUCCUAUUCCUUCGUUUGGAGAAGGGGACAGAACACGUCGUUUCUAUGAGGGAUUCCAAGUUUCAUCGACUUCACCUGUCCUUCAGUCUUCCUCAACGGUUGUUCAACAGAUGGCGUAUUGGGGUCGGAUGGAUUCUAUGGUGGGAAUCGAACGGAAUCAACAUCAUGGAGUUCUUGUUCCUCGACUGGGCCCUAGUCCUCCAACCGAAGAAGAUUUCGACGAAAUGGAGAACAUUAGCGCAAUGGAUUUUUGUCCUGUUGAAGAUCUCUUUGGCAUACGCGCAGAGCAGGAUGAGGAAGAGCGUGCUAUGCUUGGAUUGGAACAACACGAGUCACGGUCAGAACAUGACGACGAGGAUGACGUACCUCGCGGGCCUUAUAAAAGGAAAGGAUUUAAAGGGCGACAGGAUUCAUUUGCCCGUCAGUCGGCCCUAAGGGCUGUUCAGCAGUCGAACUCUCCAUCCACUCCAAUUCACGGUGAGCACGACCUCCUGUACGCCCCCCUCCCGGAACUUGACUAUAUCAGGAUCGGAUUACUUGCCUGGCUAGAGGGUCGUAAGAAAAAAACAGAUCGAGACGACAAGAAGUUGGAAAAGUUGAUGAGAGAUGCUCAAGACUUUAGAAGUGGUUAUUUUUGGGCAAAGGAAGCAUAUGGCCCAGGAUGGCGAUAUUGGAUCCCCAGCCCUACAAAGAAGUACCCAAACACACGAAAGGGAUUGACUAUGUGUUUAAAAAAUGAUUGGUUAAAUAAAAUGAAAAUAUGGAGAAGAGGACUAGGUUUUCGCCCAAACAUAACGAAUGCUAAACGUAAACAGAACCAAUUGAACAACAGCAAUCAUAAAAAAUGGAUUCCUCGCCUUCCGAUAAGUUAUCUUCUCGAGAUUCGCCAACUGGCCCCUAAAGAUAUCAAACGAUAUCUAACUAGGAAGAUGUCAUGGGUUGAACUGACCCAACUCCCGGCCAUAAAAAUCUGGAGGUACCCUGGAGUCCAUGAAUCUUUCAGUGGAGAGUUAUCUGCACGGGCAGGACAUUUUAAAUCUGAUCCUGACCAGGCCGAUUCCGUCGUCCAUGACAAGAUUCGCGAAAUAGGGAUCAAUAGAUGCAUAUGUGUGGAAGUCUAUGCCCAUCUCUGCAAGGACUUGUACACGGCCCAGUUGGGGGAAGCUUACACAAUGGAGUAUGGGGCGAUGCACAACGCAUUAAAGGCAGAAGGGAGGAUCGAGAGUAACAUUGAAUACCUGAUUACCCGACCUGAUGCUGCGCUGGAUUCGGAUCUCGAACCAUUCCCCAUUUUUGACGCCAUGGACGGUAUUGAACUGUACGAGAUAAUCCCGAAUACGGCCUUAGUUCAUCCGGACUACCACGCUACGAAGGAUGAAAUAAUCCAGUUUCCUUACCGAAUUCAUCAGUCUUCCCUCAUAGACAGAUUCAUCGUAGGGACAAGAGGAAAUAAAGACAAUAUCUGGAGACAUGAGUACGAUGCAUUGAAUAACCUUGUCCGUCGAUCGCCUUAAACUCAUCCUUUCUCAUACUUAUUUUUUCAUUUACUUAUAGAUUUAUUAUUACUCGUUCGAAAUAUUGUACCUUCUUUCUUUCCCUUUUUAUUAUUUUAAUAGCCACUUGCCUCCACAAUAAACGAAACCAACCACAGAGCAAGCUCUAAGGUCUUAUAACAAAUAUGCAUUAAGUUGUUUGUUGCUGCUGCUUCUAAAUAGUGACCAUAAUAAAAUGCUCCAAGUAAGUCUGGCUGGAAUAGAGUACUGCUGCCACCCUCCAAUUUACCUCCAACCAAAUAAUGCAUUCAACUCCCUUCUAAUUCUCUAAAACAGUAAUGCCUUCCUCUCCAAACACGAACGAAAUGCAGGCUGAAAUGAGCAGCAAAGUGCGUA